AUGGAGGCAGCUGGUUACUCCAAGAAAGCACGCAUACUGCUGGUUUAUCUGCUGGUGGCCAUGGCUGCCACCGGAGCUCGCGGCCAGGGCACCCGUGUCGGGUUCUAUGGGCGCUCGUGCCCUCGGGCUGAAUCCAUUGUUAGAGCAACGGUGAGGGCUCAUUUCAGGUCUAAUCCCUCCAUUGCCCCAGGGUUGCUUCGAAUGCACUUCCAUGAUUGCUUUGUUCAAGGUUGCGAUGCCUCCAUUCUAAUUGAUGGACCUUCUACCGAGAAAACAGCUCCACCCAAUCUCAACUUGAGGGGAUAUGAAGUCAUCAAUGAUGCUAAAACCCAGCUUGAAUCAAUUUGCCCCGGUGUGGUCUCUUGUGCUGAUAUCCUAGCCCUUGCAGCGCGUGACUCUGUAGGCCUGACUAAUGGACCAACUUGGUCAGUGCCUACUGGACGAAAGGAUGGUCGAGUUUCAUUGGCAUCAAAUACUGCCAAUUUGCCAGGAUUUACUGAAUCCGUCGAUAUUCAAAAGAAGAAGUUUGCAGCCAAAGGUCUCAGUACUCAAGAUCUCGUCACGCUUGUGGGAGCGCAUACCAUUGGAACUUCAGCUUGUCAAUUCUUUAGAUACCGCUUGUACAACUUCACCAAUACAACUAGUAGUGGAGCUGAUCCUUCCAUCAACCCAACAUUUAUUCCUCAGCUACGAGCUCUUUGUCCGGCAAAUGGCGAUGUGACGAGACGAGUUGGGCUUGACACUGGCAGUUCAAACGCAUUUGAUACCUCCUUCUUCUCAAAUUUGAGGAAUGGUCGAGGAAUUCUUGAAUCUGACCAGAAGUUGUGGAGUGACAACUCCACCAGACCUUUGGUCCAACAAUUCCUAGGGUUUAGAGGCUUGCUUGGGCUUACCUUCAACGUGGAGUUUGGAAGGUCCAUGGUGAAAAUGAGCAACAUUGACGUCAAGACUGGAGCUAAUGGUGAAAUUCGCCGAGUCUGUUCUGCAAUAAAUUAA